UUUAGAAGUUUGUAGCAUAAUGUGGUUUUAGAGGUUAUAAUCUACUUGUAACUGUGGCAUACAAGUAUGACACAGCAAAGAUAGUACAAUCAAGAAGUGAUCAAUUUUUUAUGAAAAUAAUAAGUUUGAAAUGCAAAGUAAAAUUUUACAUGUAGAACUAUAUUUAACAAAAAAAUCAAAUUGGCUUUGAAAAUCAAAUUGGUCUAUCGAAUGCAUGUUUUCACCUAGAUUUUAAAAAUCUUUUAACUUUUUGAAUUUCUGUAUUUACAAGCAUGAGCAUAAACAUCAUUAUUAUUAUUAAUAUUACUUUACUUAAUGUUAAUUAGUAUUAUCAAUUUAUUUUGUUCUGUAAAUACAAAUUCAAAUAAUUAAAAUACUUUAUUUUUAUCUUUUUAAAUCUUUAAUUUUUAUUAUCUGUUAUCGGCAUUGUUAAAUAAUAAUACUUUCACUUGUUUUUGUUACUAUGAAUAAAGAAGCCAAUGUUAAAUGGUUUAUAAUAAAUAUAAAAAUGUUAAUUACACAUUAAUAUUUCAUUUUUGAUAUAAUAAUUUCAUCGCAGAUAUUUUCUAUCAAAGAUGGAAUUUCCAAACCUAGGAGAGCAUUGUUCAGAAAACAGUUGCAAUCGAUUGGAUUUUUUACCUCUCAAGUGUGAUGCUUGUUCUGCAAUCUUUUGCUCUGAACACAUAUCAUAUAAUAACCAUAGCUGUCCAAGUGCUUAUAAAAAAGACAUUCAAGUUCCAGUAUGUCCUCUUUGUAAUGCUCCAGUGCCUAUAAAACGUGGUGAUCCUCCAGAUAUUGCAGUUGGACAACACAUGGAUAAUGAAUGUCAAUCAGAAUUAAAAAAACCUAGUCAAAAAAUUUUUUCUAACAGAUGCACCUCAAAAGGUUGUAAAAUCAAAGAAAUAGUGCAAGUACGUUGUUCUGAUUGCGGUAAAAAUUUCUGUUUGAAGCAUAGACAUCCGACAGAUCACGCAUGUAUAGGCCAGGAGGAGACGACACGAAAAAAAAGACUUGAUGUUUUAGAAAAUAAUAUAAAAGUAAAUAGAAGAAACGGCGAAAUCUUUAAGAAUUAUCAAGGCAGUAUGAGUGAAGACGAAGCACUUGCAAGAGCACUCCAAGCUUCGAUGCAAGAGACAAGCACUGCUAGACAAACGCUUGAAGCUGUACCUUCUGCUUAUUCUUAAAUUUGAAUAUCGUAUUCCAUCUCAGAAGAAUAUUAUAUCAGAAAAAGAACAUAAAAAUAGUGAUAUUGAAAGACUUUAUUACUCAGCUUUA